AUGACUUCCUAUCAGCAGAAGCAGCCCUUCACCCCACCACCUCAGAUUGAUGAGCAACAGGUGAAACAGCCCUCCCUGCCUCCACAAGAACCACUUGUUCCCAUAAACAAGGAACCAUGCUACCCUUACGUCCAACAACCUGACAACCCCAAGAUUCCAGAGCCAAGCCACCCCGGGUGCCCUGAGCCAGGCCACCCUAAGGUCCCUGAUCCAGGCUACUCCAAGAACCCAGAGCCGUGUCCCUCACCAGUCAAUCCAGGCCCAGGCCAGCAGAAGACAAAGCAGAAGUGA